AUGUCCGACAAAGGGUCUUAUGUGGUCGGGGUGGACGUUGGAGGUACCAACACCGACUCGGUUCUCCUGGACGUCUCCAAGACGGGUGCCGCGGCCGUCAUCUCGUCUCACAAGGCUGCCACGACGUCCAACGUCACGCUGAGCGUGCGCGAGACCCUCAAGGUCUUGCUGGCCCAGUCGCCGGUCGACCGAAAACAGGUCUCGGCCCUCGCGAUCGGAACCACCCACUUCAUCAACGCUCUCAUCGAACGCGACUCGUCUCGCGUGGAGAAAGUGGCCGUGUUGCGACUGGCGUCCUACAAUUUCUCCGCCGGCACCCCGCCGUUUGUAGACUGGCCUCCCGCCUUGGAGGCCAUCAUCCAUGGCUAUUCCGCCAUCAUUCCCGGCGGAUGCAACAUCGACGGAAAGCUGAUUGCCGACAUCGAUGCUGCCGCCGUCCGAGCGCAGGCCAAGAUCAUCAAGGCCCGAGGGCUCAAGACCGUCGUGAUCGUCGGCAUCGGCGCGCCCACUGACCAUCACUACCACCAGGAACAAAGGGUUCGCGACAUCCUCGGCGGGGUUUUCAGAAACGACGACGUGAACAUCAUAUGUUCGCGAGAUGUGGCGGGCAAUGGCUUGCUCGCACGAGAGAACGCGUCCAUCCUCAACGCCUCGAUUCUGAACUUUGCCCGCCGCGCAGUCCGCUCCUUCAUGGCCGCCAUGAGCCAGGUCGGCCUGCAGUGUCCCCUCUACCUGACCUCCAAUACAGGCCACCUCUUGACCUUUUCCGAGGCCAUGCAGUUCCCCAUCCGAAUCUUCUCUUCCGGCGCCACCAACUCCAUCCGUGGUGCCGCCUUCCUACUCGGCUCGGAGAUUGGCCAGUCGGGCUGUGUGGUCGUGGACAUCGGAGGGACAACCACUGAUGUCGGCUAUCUGCUCCAGAACGGGUAUCCUCGUCUUGCGAAAAGCUACACAGAUCUGGCCGGAGUCAAGGUCAAUCUGGAAAUGCCGUCGGUCGAAAGUGUCGGGCUCGGCGGCGGCUCGAUUGUGCGGAUUGUGCAUGUGAACUCACCUGGAGAACAAGAACAGUUGCGCAUCGGUCCAGCCAGUGUCGGGCAUGAUCUCCAGACAAAGGCCCUCUGUUUUGGUGGGGACGAGCUGACCACGACUGAUAUCGUCGUUGCCGCUGGAGACGUAUCUUUAGGGACGCAGCCGGUCGAGCUGUCCCAGACGACCAUCUCGUCGGCCAAGGCCAAAAUGAAGCAGACGCUGGAGGCAUACAUUGAUCGCUCGAAAUCAUCUCCCGAUCCCUGUACCGUCAUUCUCGUUGGAGGCGGCUCAAUUCUGUGCCCGAGGGAACUCAACGGGGUUGAGAAGAUUGUCCUACCCGAGCAUGCUGGGGUGGCCAACGCGAUCGGAGCAGCAAUGGCAAAGAUCUCGGGGUCUGCAGAACUGAUUAUCCAGGGCUCUGAUAUCCCAGCAGGCAUCGCCAAAGUCAAGUCACAGGCCAUCCAAAAUGCCGUGCGGAAAGGGGGAGACCCAAGCGCAGUCACUAUUUUGAACGAGGAGGUUGUCGGAGUGCCUUACGCACCGAACCAGACGCAGAUCAAGGUCGAAGUGGCCAUGGCAGCGAACCACGACAAGGUCCGCGACGACAUGUCCCGGAUCGCCUACAUGGAUCUCAGUGAGGGGGAUAAUGAGCUGUUCGAGGAGACAAAGACACAUACCGCGCCGAACGGUGAGCUGUCGACAGCCGAACACAUUGAUAUCAGGACCUACCGUCCACAGGUAACGGAAAACGGUCUCUGGAUCCUGUCUGAGCUCGACCUCCGAUUCUUGUCCAUCGGGUGCUAUAUCCUGGGGGUCGGUGGAGGAGGAUCCCCCUACGCCGUCUACUUGCAGCUGAAACAACUCUUGUCCGAAGGGGAAACCAUCACCAUCAUGAGCUGCGACGACUUGAAGGACGACGACCACAUUCCAACCAUUGCUGGAGUCGGAAGUCCAGCGGUUAGUAUCGAAAGACCAGGCGGCAACGGCAUCAUACAUGCGGUGAAAAUGCUGUCCAAAGAGCUGAACAUCGAGUUCACUCAGCUCAUGACGGCCGAGAUUGGCGGCGGCAACGGCCUGCAGCCACUGAUUUGUGGCUCCUCCAAGUACUACAAUCUUCCUACCGUCGAUGGGGACCUGAUGGGUCGGGCAUACCCAGCUUUUGAGAAUGUCUCAACAUACGUUCUGUCGAACUCGAUCAACGCUCUCCUUCCAGUCACUCUUUGCAGUGGCACCGGCCAAAAGGUUCUCGUCCCAGCCAACCAGACGGAUGAGAAGGCGCCGGGUAUUAUGAUCCGAGAUGCAUGCGUUGGCAUGGGGUCCGCUUGUGGAGCGGCCGGUGUUCCUUUGACAGGCAAGCAAAUGCGGACCAUGGGCAUUCCCAACACCCACUCUCUGGCGUGGCGGCUGGGUAGGGUCGUGUGCCUUGCGCAACAAUUAGCGUCGUUGUCCACUCUUCCAGAAGCCCUGAUCGAAGAGUGUGGCGGAGAUCGAACGGCCCGACGGCUGUUUCAGGGUAAAAUCCGUCAUGUUGAAAGCGCACUUACCACGACAGCUCACAGCCUUGGGAAGGUGACCAUCGAGUCCCUGAGUGAAGGCGAGAUGGAAAGUGGUGUAGACAAAGCCGGAGACUGGACAGAGAUUGUGAUUCCAUUUAUGAACGAAAACCUGGCCGUGAUCGGCAAGAAUGACCAAGGUAAAGAGAUGGUGCUUGCGACAGUUCCUGACUUGAUCUUUCUACUGGAUGUCUCCACGGGGGAGAAUAUUGGCGUCCAGGAGUAUCGAUAUGGGUUGAAAGUGACGGUCAUGAUUAUGGCUCCUCAUCCAGUCUGGACCACAAAACGAGGGUUGGAGGUUGGUGGUCCAAGUGCCUUCAACCUGCCCUACGAAUAUGAAUCAACCCUCGAGUACACCAAGCCCAGAAGUGUGAUCGAGGAGUUCCGGCCCGGGGGCCACGGUUAG